AUGGUUUUUCGAUCGGAUCAGAAAAAAUUAACUCGAAUGGUCGGCGGGCAAUUAGUUAAAGAAAAUGAAUAUCCUUUCGUGGCAAGUAUCCAGCACGAUAACAAACACAUUUGCACCGGUUCUAUAAUUGGUUCAAAAGCAAUUUUAACAGCGGCGAGCUGCUUUUAUUUGAACGAUACAACCAAAAUUUCGACGUAUUCGCUUAUGGUUUCCGGAGGAAGCUCGUUUUGGAGGUACGGAGAUAAAUACGAAGUUGAUAGAUUAAUUAUUCAUCCUCAAUUUGAUUAUGAAACUAAAAUUAACGAUAUAGCAAUUAUAAAAAUUUCAAAAACAAUUUCGCUGAUUUCUUCGGUUAUUAUUAAACUUCUAUCGACCCAAAUUCCUGAUAAUCAAACAGUUGUGGAUGGUUUAACUUUCGGUUGGGGACAUUCCAUAUAUUCCGGACAUCCAAUAGAAUCGCCAUCAGAACAAUUAAAUUCUUUAAAAACAAAAACUGUCCCAGCGAGAGUUUGUUUAUUAGAAUACCAAACUUUUGGGGAAAACCAAAUUUGUUUGGCAAGUACAGAAGGUAAAGGGAUAUGCCACGGUGAUGUUGGGGGGCCCUUAAUUAUCCAACCAUCAGCAAUUUUUUUACAAAUCGGUAUUAGUUCUUAUGGUGGUGCUUGUAAUUCAACCAAACCUGAAGUAUAUACGAGAAUAUCAUCUUAUCAUGAUUGGAUCGAUAUCGUUCUUAAAAAAGGGUUAGAUAACAGCGAAGAAAUUAAACUACCAACACAAGAUAAAAAGAAAAAAAGACGAAAAAAUAACAAAUACUAA